AUGGAUUUAAGGGGAUUUGACAAGAGUACCAAUCCAAACUUCCGGAUUCCGGUCAAGUACGCACGUUAUGCCAUUGCAACGAAGCUUCGGGUCGUCGAAACCACGCGCAAUGAUAAGCUGCGCGAUGACCGCGAUCUCACGUUGAGCCAGCUCGGCGACAUGCUGGAGCAUGGUGCGGGUCUUCGUGUCACCGCAGACGGAAAAAAUCACGUAGAUGGAGCGUGUUUAACUAUGAAGCAGCUUCACCAAAAGCCGCAGUACAUGAACACCAUGGCAAACAAGUUCAAGCGGCACGAAUAA